GGUGGAAGGAAAAGCCUAUUAUGAACAUAGAAGAUGUGAAAUAUUUGACUUCAGGUUCAGGUGAAUUUAUAAACGAAUUUAAUAUAGGAAACAUUUUAGAUAAAAGCUCACCAAAGGAAAAAUAUGGACUUGAAGAAAAA